AUUUGAGGUUUUCUUGAGUACGUAGCUUGUUAGAGACGCAUGCGCCUUUCAUUCUGCUCCAGACAGCACGUACAAGCAUGUCUCAGGAAAUCUUCGAGUACAUUGAUGGACAUCAGGAAGUCUACAUUGGUCGGUUGAAAGACGCUGUGGCAAUCAAGAGUGUGUCGGCAUGGCCUGACCAUCGACCCGAAGUCGUCAGAAUGAUUGACUAUGCUGUCGAUGAGUUGAAACGUUUAGGAGCCGAAGCAUGGAAAGUUGAUCUUGGCAAACAAAAGGAUCACGACGACUUGCAGCUGCCUCCAAUCAUACUGGGCUAUCUGGGCAAAGAUCCAAAGAAGAAAACGGUCUGCAUUUAUGGGCAUUUGGAUGUACAACCUGCAUUGAAGUCCGACGGAUGGGACACUGAACCAUUCGAACUGGUCGAGAAAGACGGCAAGCUGUACGGAAGAGGAUCAACCGACGACAAGGGUCCAGUGCUUGCUUGGUUCAAUGUAAUCGAAGCUUACCAAAAGCUUGGAAAAGACAUUCCAAUCAACAUCAAGUUUUGCCUUGAGGGUAUGGAGGAAAGUGGGAGUGAGGGUCUUGAUGAUCUGGUUGUGUCUGAAAAGGACAAGUUUUUCAAGGAUGUGGAUUACAUCUGUAUUUCGGACAACUAUUGGUUGGGAAAGAACAAGCCGUGUGUCACGUAUGGUUUGAGAGGGAUUUGCUAUUUCUUGUUGGAGGUUGAGUGUGCGUCGCAGGAUUUGCAUUCUGGCUUGUAUGGAGGGACAGUGCAUGAAGCGAUGAUCGACCUUGUCCAUCUGCUAGACACGAUGGUCGACUCACACGGCAACAUCAAGAUUCCUGGUGUGAACGACGCUGUAACAGAGCUCACUGAGGAGGAAGCCAAAUCAUACGAAACCAUCGAGUUUGAUGUUGAAGAAUACCGUAAAGACAUCGGUGCUAAGAAGCUGUCCAAGGAAGGAAAAGCCAAAGUCCUCCAACAUCGCUGGCGAUAUCCAUCACUAUCUGUACACGGUGUCGAAGGUGCAUUUGAUGGUAAAGGCGCCAAAACGGUCAUACCAAAGAAGGUGAUUGGAAAGUUUUCUAUCCGCCUUGUUCCCAACCAGGAACCGAAGGAAAUUCAACGAUUGGUGAACGAGCACAUUCAGAAGGUCCACACUGCCUCGGGAAGCCCCAACCGCAUCAAUUUGAGCUCGGUCCAUGGAGCCAAGGCGUGGGUGAGCGACUUCACUCAUCCUCAUUACGUGGCCGGUCGGAAGGCCAUCAAAACAGUGUUUGGUAUCGAUCCUGAUCUGACGCGUGAAGGUGGCAGCAUUCCAAUCACUCUUACAUUUGAGGAAGCAACUGGAAAGAACGUCAUGCUGUUGCCGAUUGGUAGUUGUGAUGAUGGAGCUCAUUCGCAGAACGAGAAAAUAAAUCGAUCAAACUUUAUCAACGGGAUGAAAGUUCUUGCUGCUUACUUUGAAGAGGUCUCCAAGCUGGAGUAGUGGCUCGUGCUCCAUUGACUGGCAUCUGCAUUUGCUGAGCUGUCUGCUGCAUGACAAACUGCGCUUGUAGCAUGUAGUUGUUAGUGUCGCACCAGCUGUACGCUGUCAAUGUCUCAAUGACAAAACAAAUUGCAA